AUGGCAGCAGUAGCACGGACACUCAGCACCUGCAUAUUUUGCAAGAUUAUCAAGGGCGAGAUUCCAAGCUUUAAGCUUAUUGAGACGGAAACUUCUUACUCAUUCCUUGAUAUUGUCCCCCUCUCCAGGGGCCAUGCUCUGAUCAUCCCUAAAGACCACGCGGCAAAGCUCCACGAGCUCCCAGACGAAUACCUUGCGGAUGUAAUGCCCAUCGCAAAGAAGAUUGCCACUGCACAAGGACCCGAGAACUACUACAACAUCCUCCAGAAUAACAGCCGCAUCACACACCAGGUCGUCGAUCACGUACACUUCCACAUCAUUCCCAAACCUGAUGCAUCAGACGAGGAGGGGCUAUCUGACGUCAUAGAAGAAGUGAAGAAGUAUCGCCAGGAACUCCUUGGAAAGCUGUAAGCGUUGGCGCACCCGAGUUGGCAAUAAACGAUGAAACUGGAAGAAAAAUCAAUAACUAAAUUUACAAUUAGAUUGUGUUCUCUGAAUCUCCGGGUCUUCUCUACUAUCUUUACAGGCUGAAUGGCUAUUGCAUCCACCUCGUUUUUUUUCUGUUGGCCUGUCCUGGUCUCCAUCCCUCUGUAUAGGGUCUGUGUCAUGCGAUGAGAUCUCGCAGCCAACCGAAGAUGUGUGCUUGUCCCG